AUGUGGCCGCGUGCUAUCAUUCUGCUUUUUGUGGGGACCAUUUCCAGUAUUUGUGGAUACGGGACAGGUGCCCCGAAAGUCAACUCAGUUUGUUUACAUCGUCUUCCAAGACAUGGUGUAAGGUCACAGAUGUCACAUAACCCUUACAUCAUCAGAACAGUUCUGACGAAAGCCGGAGGGAAUUACGACAUCACAGUCAAUGUGACGUCAACAAAUGGUACGACCAUUAAGGGAUUCGUAGUGCAGUUGAUACCGGAAGUGACAGAAUUGAACUUAAACCAUAACCGGAAGCCCGUGGGGAGUUUUGAGUCAAACGACGACGUUCAAGUUAUGAGUUGUUACUCUAAUAGUGACACAGUGACUCACACUAAUAACGACGACAAAGACUUGGUCGUUAUAAGAGGGAAGAUUCCCAUCCAAAGCAUUCAUCGAAAAAUCAUCGUACAUGCCACAUUGCUGCAAAGGUUUGAUAUUUUCUGGAGUGAGGUGACAUCUGAUCUGGCAUUUCAACCAGAUAUUGAUGUUGAGGAUUCUUCCGUCGAAUGGUUAAAACUCGUUACAAAUUUAACCAUUAAUUACGAGGCUGGACCGAGUCAGUGGGAGGACGAUAUAAAAUCAAGGCUAAACCUAGGAUAUUACAAGAUGGUUAAUGACUGGGGUCAUCUUAGAACAAAAUACAUUCAAGGCCAACUCCCAUUUGAAGAUAGAUUUCGGAAAUCCACAAGCCAGGUAAAAGGCGAGUCUAAAACACCUAACACUGGCUCCAAAGAAGCUGUCGUUGAAGAAUUUCUCGCAGGAAACUUUCAGCUCAGGGAAUCAGUGCUUGAACUAUUUAAUUGA